GCGCGCCGCAAGGAAACGGGCGCCACUGGGCAUGCGCAUGGCCGUCAGCUCUCCCUUUCGCCGCCUUUUCGCUGCCAUGGGGGAGGCCGCUUUGCCCACGAAGCUCACGAGGAUGCCCAGCCAAGCGGAGGCCCUUCCCGGGAGGAGCCAGGCCCUCUUCCGAAUCCUAGACAAACACCAUGUGAAUGGAAACACUUUGUUUGAACCUUUUCCUGAAGGAAUGCAUAUGGCACUAUUUGGGAUGGGCUGCUUCUGGGGAGUAGAGAGGAAAUUUUGGACGCAAAAAGGAGUCUACUCAACUCAAGUUGGUUAUGCGGGCGGACUCACCCCGAAUCCCACCUAUGAAGAGGUUUGUUCAGGGAGGACCGGCCAUACUGAAGCUGUCCGCGUGGUAUUCCAGCCAGAAACCAUCAGCUUUGAGAAACUGCUCAAGGUCUUCUGGGAGAAUCAUGACCCAACACAAGGGAUGCGGCAAGGGAAUGAUGUUGGUACACAGUAUCGCUCCGCCAUCUAUACAUAUUCCCCGCAACAGAUGGAAGCCGCCUUGAAGUCUCGAGAUGAGUUCCAAAAGAUGCUGACAGAGAAAGGCUUUGGUCCCAUCACGACCGAGAUCCGUGAGGCUCCGGAGUUCUACUACGCAGAAGACUAUCACCAGCAAUACCUGAGCAAGAACCCCAAAGGCUAUUGUGGCCUUAGAGGCACCGGGGUCACCUGCCCCUGUUGAUCUGGCCCACCCUUAACACGGCAAAGGAAUGCUCCUUUGAUUUGUUCCACGGUUUGCUUUUAAUGAUAUAUAUAAAAAUACCCGCCCUGAAA